AAACAUCUGUUAGCCAAAUGUUACAUCCCAUAUAAAAUGGUGGAAGCAGCAAAGUCUGAGCCAGUACAUCCAGACUGCAGAAAUGCAUCCCAAAUGUGCUCACUUGCUUAUAGUCCUGAUCAUUGUGGUUCAUGGUCAGAAUUAUCCGCCACCUGAAGUGCAAUGGGUCAAUCUUUAUAGGCAAGGUUUUAACUUCCAGUGUCAUCCAGGGGAAGCUUUGGUCUCAAUACAAAGUUACUAUGACAAAUCAGAAGGUUCUGACAGAGUCUGGAGUUUCGAAUGCAUGCCAACGCCUCAGGGUAUGGGAGAGGCGACAGAAUGCUGGUGGGAUGACACUCAACAAGCUGGACUUGAAUGGUUGACUACUGAUUAUCCUGAACAAUAUGAAGAAGAGGGACAUUUGGUGAUUCAGAAUUAUGGGUAUUUCAUCAGAGGGGCAGGCACCACCUUCAGUGGUUUCCAUAGGGACCGUCAGUGGAAAUAUGUAAUCUGCAGGAUGACAGAUUUUGACUGUGAUUAUGAUAACCUGUAGGAAUCAUAAAUUGAAUGCUUAAAACCAACUCCAAAACAAAGAUUUAUUUACCUGCAAUGUCUCUGUUAAAAAAAAUCAUUUUGCUCUGCAAACUAUACAUAGUUUAUUUAAAAUAUGAGGUGCAGAAUGUAUGAGUAGAACCAUCGUAAAAUAAAAUAAUUUUUGGUAUGAACAAGGUUGGGAUGUGAUCGUUGUUAGAACAUGACGAUCUUUAACUGGAAAAUACAUGGGAGAUCUUUUCCUUUGUGCAUACGAUUGAAGAGUGCAAUGAAUAUUGGAGAAUCCGGGAGGUUAGAAUACAUAUCUGAAAAGGACUUCAUGCAAUUCUCCUCUGUCAGCGUAAUUGGAAGAAAAUUGGGCAGGUUGUUGUACAAAACACGCACUCUAAGCCACCCAAGUUUCUGAUAUUCAUUGUAGCAAGACAAUACAUUGCAGUUAGGUGAACUCAGAAAGAUCUCGCCUCUUACCAAGAUCUACUAUUUUAUUGGCUUGAGAGUCAAAGUUUGUUUUGCUUAAUAAGCCUUUGUGGUUAUUAUCUUCUAAUUGAAACCAAACUUUAUCAUGUAAAUAAACUGUCUGCAUGAAAACAUACAAUUAAUGGUAUUGAACUGCAAACAAGUGUAAUCUGUUCAAUAUGUUAUCAUAUUAGAUUUUGAACAAUGUUAUGUACAUUUUAAAGAUUUCAUAUUUUCUGAGAAAAAGCUUAUGGAAACUUGAUCAUUCCUCCUUGGUAACACAAGGAUAAAUCAAAUCAAAUUCAAAUACACAUCUACAAUAGUUAACCUUGGCCUUGAACACUCAGCCUUGAUAAGGAUGCAUGAAGACUGCAUAGUUUACAUUGUCCAAAAAUAAUCUCACUGAAAACUGCUUUUGCUUAUAGCCAGGCUUUGGAGUAGACCGUGACAGUCUACUUCCUUGCCGAAUCAAAAAUCUUCCCUUUCAAUUGAACAGUCCAACCAUUUGGUGCAGGAAGCCAGGACCAAGUGCCACAAGUAAACCCCAGAUGAUGGCACAAAAUCCAAAUCUCUUUACGAGCGAUCUGUGAGAUCUGUAAUGAACACAAUAAACCUUUGCAUAGAAUUUCUCUCCGGUGAUUUUAAGGACAGUUAACCGGAAAAAUUGAAUUAAUCGCUGUAACAAUAUAAUGGGCAAAAUAAAUUUCUACAAGAUCAUUAUCCUAAUUUCAUUGUUGCACAAUAUCAUCCAAAGUUAUUAUAGGAAUGGAAAAUAUCCAGCUUUUAAUGUGGAAAGAAUUACAUUAUUAUUGUGCUUUGGCGUGGGUAUACUUCGGGACAGCCUUGCUGCCCUUCAGCCUGCAGGGGAAGUUGAUGAGAAAUUCAACGCCAAUAGAGUUCUAAUUCUGACCUUUUAGAAUUCCCAACAUGAUGCUAACAAUUAUGCCACAUGUCUUCCCUCAAUUAUAUGCAGCCUCCAGUAAAAGCAAAUAUAUAUAGUAGUUAUUCAUCUAGUAUUUCCAUUUAAGUGAAUGUUUAAAUGAAUGAGAAGAUUACAACUUUGUUAAAGCCUAUUUUUGGCUGUAGUUCAUAUAUAUUCUAUAGUUCCUGAAGUUGGCUUGGUUUUGCUUAAUUAAACAAAAUUGAAGGUA